AUGGCAGGAACAAUGAAGGCUCUCGUCACCAAGGGCGAUAAGACCGGCCAGGUCCAAGAGAUCCCGAUCCCCCAGCCCGGGCCCGGCGAGAUCCUCGUCAAGGUCCAUUACGUCGCCCAGAACCCGACGGACUGGAAGUCCACCGCCGCGGCCAAGGAGACCGGACGCAUCAUCGGCUGCGACUUCGCCGGCAGCGUCGCCAACCCCAACGGCUCAUCGUUCAAGGAGGGCCAGCGCGUCGCCGGCUGGGUCUUCGGCUGCAACAUCGACCCCCCGCGCGGCGCCUUCGCCCAGUACCUCAUCACCGAGAGCAGCCUGGUCUUCCCGGUCCCCGACUCCAUCACCGACCCCCAGGCCGCCGUCGUGCCGCUGGCCGUCGCGACCGUCACCCAGGCCCUGUUCCAGCGUCUCGCGCUGCCGUCGCCCGAGUCCCCCGCCUCGGAGCCCUUCCCCGUGCUGAUCAACGGCGGAACGAGCAGCGUGGGCUUGUACGCCGUGCAGCUCGCCAAGAAGGCCGGUCUCCGCGUCAUCGCGACCGGCAGCAAGAAGAACCAUGAUCUCUUGAAGAGUCUGGGCGCCGACGUCACCAUCGACUACCGGGAGGCGGACUGGGUCGAGCAGGUGAAGAAGGCGGCCAACGAUGACCUGAAAUACGCCUUUGACUGCAUUAGCGAGGUCGACACCACCAAGGCCGUCGUGCAGACCAUCUCACCCAAGGGCGGACAUGUUAUGUGCAUCCUCCCCCGCAAGGCGGACGAGGUCGGCGCGCCUUCGUACGUGAAGGUCGAGAGCACGCUGGCGUAUACCGUCUUCGGAAAGCCCCUUCAGUAUGGUCCCUUCGACAACCUCACCGGAGAUCGAUCUGGGGACAAGAAGUUCUGGGAGAAGUACUUGCAGGUGCUGCCUAAGUGGUUGGAAGAGGGAUACCUCAAGCCGAACCCUCAAAAGGAGUUCGGUGGCCUUGAAGAUAUCCCCAAGGGAUUUGAGUUGCAGGAGAAGGGUGGUGUUAGCGCGGAAAAGCUCGUGUACAAGAUUGCUUAA